AUGCCUGGACCUUGGCAGGCGAGUCGGUUUCGGAUCUCCGGGGCAGUGCUGGGCUUCUUCUGGUUCUCUACCCUGCUGAAGGCAGCUCCUGAAUUUUCAGGUUAUCUACAGAAGGUUUUGAAGAAUCAGACUGCCCAUGCCUGUGAUGGUGAUCAGCUGACUGUCAUUUGCCCUCACAAAACCUCCAUCAGUGUCCUCUCUGCGUUCUACGGGCGCCGGGUGCCCAGUCAAAACCUCUGCCCAGCCCCAGGAGACCUUACCUUAGAGAGCACUAAUUGUGUAUCUGCCACAGCGCACCAGAAAUUGAUGGAUGAGUGUCAAGACCAGCGCUGGUGCCAUUUUUCUGUCCACAGCCGUGUAUUUGGGCCAGAUCCAUGUCCUGGGACACACAAGUACUUAGUAGUUUCAUACAAAUGCAGGCCAGCUAACCACCGCCUCAAGACAGCAUGUGAAAAUGACAAGCUGAGGCUGCAGUGUCGGAAUAAGUCUGUUCUAGCCAUCUAUUCUGCAACCUACGGGAGGCCUUUGCGUGGGAAGCCGGAGUGUGAAUCUGUGAAUGGGACUAGCCCUGACAUAGAAUGUCUGGUUCCUGAUGCGUUGAGGAGAGUCUCCCGAAGAUGUCACCGGAAAGAAAACUGCACUGUGGUUGCCAAUAAAGCCACCUUCGGCGAUCCCUGCUUCCCUGGAGUGAAGAAACAGCUCAGAGUCUCAUAUACUUGUGUGCCAAGACAGCUGCUAGAGGAGGUAGGCCGCGAUUCCCAGGAAGACCCCUUCUCAAUCUCAGACUACACACAUGGUGGCUGGUACACUGGGCCAAGACUUUCCAGGCUUCAAGAGAAUCUGAUGAUAUUUACUAGCUCUCUGGAAACCUUUGCCCAUGUCUGGGGCGUCCCAGAGAAGGUGGGUUUCUAUUUCCUGUGCGGUGUUUCAGCGGGCCUGGUGUUUCUUCUCCUCCUCUUUGCCCCCAAAGUGGACUUCUGGCAUGAUGUAAAGGAGGUCUUCAAAAGCAAAGAGCUGAGUAACAGUUUAGAGCUGGACCAAACCAAGUUUCAAGAUGAACGAGAAGACGAUAACCAUGAUGAUAGCUCAUCUGACUCCUCUUUCCGCCGCCUCACCCAAACCUACCGGAACUCCAACAACAUCUUUGGGCCGGAGCUGACUGCAGCCCUGGAAGGAGUAGCUGACCAGAGGCAUCAUGAGGGAGACGAGAUUUGGAUACCCAAGGAGUCCAGCCCGUACGCCAUUCACAAAAUUAAGUCAGCCACCAAGUGAGAGAAGUAAUAUGUUGUAGAGGUCUAAAAGCAGGUUGUAGGCUGUUGAUUUGAACUGUUAGUUGCAUGGUUUGUUAUCACCAAUCACUGAGUAGGAGUUAGAGCUGUUAAGUAAGUUCAGUAAAUUAAGAGCAAGAUAUUAUAACAACUAGAAUGUUUGAUCUCCAUGCAAUAACAUCCUGACCCUGGGAACUUUCAUAAGUCAGGCUCUGACCUCCAUUUGGUUCCUUUGCUCAGUUUACUAAUGCAAGAAAUUCAGAGUGCUUGGAACAUUUUAAAACCAGUCAUCCUUUUGCUUGUAUUAACAGCAUCCAAGCUGUGCACAGACAAUAGC